GGGGGAGGGAGGAAGGGAGCACUGUGGAGAUGGAGCUGCUGCUGCUGCGUGAGGGCAGGAGACCAGCUGAAUCUAGAAAAGAAAGAUGCCUGUCGCUUCGCCCUUCGUGCCGCACAGGUCUGACUGCCUGACCAUCAACUGUCAGAAUUAGGGGGGGCCACUCCACUCCGGCGCGCAUCUUCGACCCAGCUCCAGGACCCGCACCGGGGUGUGGUGGUGGAGAGGUUGAGAAUCAGAAGAAGACGAAGCAGAAGAAGGUUGCAGCGUAUUAUCAGUGAUCAACACGUCGACGAUGAUGAUGCUGAUGAUGUGGAUGAUGAGAUUAGGUUCGGAGAAUGAGACAAACCGCGGAGUGUCGUGCUUACGAGUGCGCUUAAACUCCCGCAGCAACUAGGCUUAAGGGAAUCAUUGGUGCCGUGAUUUGCGCCUCGCUUCAGACUUUGUGACUCCAGACCUUCGUGAUCUGUUCAUGUUCGUUUGCUAGCUAGCCACCCCAUGAUUGCUGCAUCUCCCGCUGACUUCUAAUCGAUUUGUAGGUAGAGUUUGUGGGAACGGCGGCCGGGAAGUUAAGUAAUCAGAAGAGUUGGUCGGGGUAGUUACCUCUUUCUCGUAAGCAGCAGCAGCUCAAGUACUAGUUUGAGUAUGUACAAACACAAACACACACACACGCAUAUAUAUAUAUAUAUAUAUAUAUAUAUGCAUAUUCCCACUCACUUUAUUUUGAUCUUUGUCUCAUUACUAGAUUGAUUGCUAAGACGCGAAUAGAAAACACACUUUGAAGACGAUCCUCGUUGGUUAGUAGCACUCUAGGCUAUCGAUCAACGUCGUCAGAAUUCUUACAGUGGUGGCGGCUCGGAGCUGAAUCCACGAUUGGCUCAAACUCAGAGAGUGGUUCACUCCGAUUCGUUGGAGAGUAGCGUACAUAUGUGUCGAUUUGACUUGAGGCCUAACUGAUCAGCGUAGACGUUGGGUAGGAAAACUUACUGCGAUCACCGACGGUUACCAGAAGUUUUUUUUUUCCCCCAUUAGUUCACGAGAUUCCUCCCCCGUCCCUCCUUGCACGCUCGCCAAAGUCAAGUCAUGACACACAAUUGGUCCCUGUAUGUUCAUCCAGAACCAUAAAAAGUAUGAGGACUAAAAAGGCUUUUGGGUGCGAGAAUUACAUGACGAUUGAACCCAGUGUGACAACAACCACCGUGACCAGUCGAUGUAAGUUGUAAGUUCUCUGCCUCGUUGUGACGUUUGAUCAAACCUCGAGUCAUCGAGCUUGGUACCUAAAUGUGCUGGAAAGCUCAGUGGGCGCUCUGACGGCUUCAUAAGAAAGAGGCGUCGCUGCUGUACCACGCAUAUCACUUCUAUUCCCUAUCCAUCCCUGUGAGCCGUAUUGUGUACACGACUGAUACAGUUCACGGUCUGGAGAUGACGAGCCUGACAUAGCCACACCUCUUCGAGCUGACAAUAUUCGCAGCGUGCUUCGACGUUGCGACGUCGCUGAUCAGCUCAGCUGGACACGAUCAGUUGUUUCUUCUCCUCCCAAUUCGCCUCAGCGGUGUCAGAGUGGUCGGUCGGUUCUGGAGUAGGCACCCCCGAACCAAAUCGCUCCUCAAGUUCACAAAACGGUCAGACUAUGGUCCUAGUUCACACACGAUUUGAAUCGGUGUGUGGCAAGGGGAUACUGCCCGGGAGAAGGCGCCGAACAACCAACAUGUCGGCCGGUAUGGUUACUUGUUUGAUCGGCUUGGCGCUUUUCGCGAUUUUCCCUGUCUCCAUUGUUGCACGAAGCAGCCCAGCUGACACGCCAUCGGUAGAGACGAUGAUAUCGUAUGAGGAGAGGACACCGGCAACUUCUACUCAAGCCGAGCGGGAAUCAGCAGAAAAGGAACCACACACCAUUCAGAGAAUGGAUUUGAGAACACCGCAGGAAGCCGACCUCAUCUUUGACUCCCUCCCGAAACUCGUCAGUGGGAGAAUGAGCAGCACCAGCGGCAGAAGGGGUCUAGUGGGAUCAUCGCCCCCUACAUGCCGAUCCAAGUGCGGGUUGUGCACACCGUGCAAGGCAGUCCACGUUGCCAUCAGCAGCCCUCACGGCGUCAUCUCCGAGACGGAAUAUUACCCCGAGGUGUGGCGCUGUCAGUGCGGCAACAGGUACUACAUGCCGUGAGUAAAAAUCGCUUGUAGAUCGAUUCCACCGCAGGAGUGCUGAGCAUAAUAGUGUAACAUACUUUUUAGAGCGUAUAAGGUCGUGGCAUUGGUGGCAUAAAGCGAGGAGGAGGAGGUACACAGCCAGCACACGUACGCAUACACACACAAACACACACACCACCACCACCACCGCUACUUGCAACAAUAUCUGCUUGAGAUCAUGAGGCGUUUGGAAUAGAAGUGAUCCUUCACGUACUUCGACAUGUGAGGCGCACCGCUUGUUGGGCCUGGUCUAUAGUAUAGAACAACAGCUGCAAGGUACCAACCCACUACAACGUUGCAGUGGCGAUCUCCUCCGCUGCCACACCACCACCAACAUCACCAGAGAGAAAUAUAGUUUGCUGCUCCGGGUAUGCGGUUCACCUGAGGCGACAGCCUCGACGAACCCACGGACAGAUAUAGCCUUCCCUAGUGCCGCCUUGUGGGUGGAGCUUAGCAAGGUACACCAUAUCACACCAAGUUGGACUGACUUGGAAUGAUCCCUGGCUAUGCCCAAGUCCUCAUAGCUCUGUAUAAACCAGCUCUUCUUGUUGGGUGUAAACUUGGAGUGCCACGCAAAGUCAGUAAUUCUCGCUUGAUUGGAUUUCUCAUACUGGAAUGGUUUCAUGAGUAAAAACCCCCCUCUCUUUCUCA